AUGUCGAGAGUAAUAAAAUUCUUCAGGACCCCAGGUCUUACAGCGAGUCACCUGGAAUCUGCUGUUGGCAAGAUACAAGCAGUAGUUGGAGAUACAUUUGCCACAUUGACUACUGAAAUCUGCUACUAUAUUGGUGUUGAAAAUGGUGCACCUGAAGCAGACCUGUCCAUUAUAAAGUGGAUUUUGUCGGUUCCAUUCGAAGAAGAAAAGCUGACUGUAGAGCCUACGCUUAGCCUCAAACCGCAGUCUCUUUUCUUUGAAAUUGGUCCAAGGUUAAAUUUUUCAACAGCACAGUCAACCAACAGUGUAUCUAUUUGUAAUUCAGUUGGAUAUACCUUUAUCAAGCGGAUUGAGGUUUCAACCCGUUACCUUGUCACCUUUAAAGAUGGCGUUAAGCUUUCAUCCAUAAAUAAAGUGGCUGUGAUUAACUGCCUCCAUGAUAAGAUGACACAGUGCUGCUAUCCAGAGCCACUAACAACAUUCGACUUACCAAUCAAUCCUGAGCCUGUGUUUGAAGUGGACAUUUUAGGGCAAGGAAGGCAGGCCCUAGAGCAUGCUAACAAAACAUUAGGUUUGGCAUUUGAUGACUAUGACCUUGAUUAUUACACACGGCUGUUUCAAGAGAAAGUGCAGAGAAAUCCCACCAGUGUUGAGUGCUUUGAUCUCGCACAGUCUAACAGCGAACACAGCCGGCACUGGUUUUUCAAAGGCCGGCUAGUUGUGGAUGGUGUGGAGCAACCUCGUUCUCUGUUUUCCAUGAUUAUGGACACACAGUUAACAAGCAACGAUAACAAUGUCAUCAAGUUCAAUGACAAUAGCAGUGCCAUCAAAGGGUUUCCGGUCGAGUGUUUGGUUGCUGACAGUGCAGUUGAACCAUCUAUUUUGAAUGUGAAGAAAGACCAAACAAGACAUAUUAUUUUUACAGCAGAAACUCAUAAUUUUCCUACAGGUGUUGCACCAUUUGCUGGAGCAACUACAGGCACUGGUGGUAGAAUCCGAGAUGUUCAAGCAACAGGCAAGGGAGCGCAUGUGAUUGCUGGAACAGCUGGCUACAGUUUUGGGAGCCUGAAUAUACCAGGCUACAAUCUUCCGUGGGAGAAUCAAGAAGUUGAGUAUCCUUCAAACUUUGCUCUGCCAGUUGAGAUUGCUGUAGAGGCAAGUAAUGGUGCUUCGGAUUAUGGCAACAAAUUUGGAGAGCCGGUACUUGCUGGGUUUGCUAGAUCAUUUGGAAUGAAGACACCAGAUGGAGAAAGGAGAGAGUAUGUGAAACCCAUCAUGUUCAGUGGAGGGAUUGGAAUGUUAGAAAAGGACCAUGUGACCAAGGAGAUUGCAGACAUAACCAUGGAUGUGGUGAAAAUGGGUGGCCCAGUUUACCGGAUUGGAUUGGGGGGAGGUGCAGCAUCGUCUGUUCUCGUUCAAGGAGACAACAAGGCAGAACUAGACUUCAGCGCAGUUCAGCGCGGUGAUGCGGAAAUGGAGCAAAAAAUGAACCGAGUUAUUCGGGCAUGUAUAGAACUAGGAACACACAACCCAAUUAAAAGUAUUCAUGACCAAGGAGCAGGUGGAAAUGGAAAUGUGCUGAAGGAGCUUGCAGAACCAGCAGGUGCUGUGAUACGAGCUGAUGAUUUCCAGCUUGGGGAUCCAACAAUCAGCGUUAUGGAAUUGUGGGGAGCUGAAUAUCAAGAAAGUAACGCAGCUUUGGUCAGAAAGGACGAUCUUGUUUUGAUAAAAGCAAUUGGCCAGAGGGAGAGGUGCCCUGUAUACAGUGUGGGUUCAAUAACAGGAUCAGGAAAGAUUGAGCUUGAAAAUUUUAAGAAGGAUGUCAGUAAUGAUGACAAGUUCAGGAAACCAGUGGAUUUAAAACUGGAAUACGUUCUUGGUUCUAUGCCUGCAAAGGUUUUUGAAAUGAAGAGAAUAAAGCCAGUCUUGGAGCCACUUGUUCUUCCAGAUUCACUAACAGUGCAAGAAGCAUUGAACAGAGUUUUGCGCCUUCCAUCAGUUGCUAGCAAGCGCUACCUUACAAACAAAGUUGAUAGGUCAGUCACAGGCCUGGUGGCUCAGCAGCAGUGUGUGGGUCCACUGCACACACCACUUGCAGACGUCGCUGUUGUGGCCUUAUCCCAUUUUGAUACAGUUGGGGCUGCAACAUCAAUUGGAGAACAGCCUAUUAAAGGUUUGCUGGAUCCAGCAGCCGGAGCCAGACUUUCUGUGGCAGAAGCUCUGACAAACAUCAUGUUUGCUUCUAUCACUGAUAUUAAGGAUAUCAAAUGUAGUGGUAACUGGAUGUGGCCAGCUAAGCUGGAAGGUGAAGGAGUGGCUCUACUGGAUGCAUGUGAAGCAAUGUGUAGUUUCAUGAAGCAGAUUGGAGUUGCCAUUGAUGGAGGGAAAGACUCUCUCAGUAUGGCAGCAAGAGUCAGUGGAGAUGUUGUUAAAGCGCCAGGUACAUUGGUGAUCUCAGCUUACGUUGGUUGUCCAGACAUCAGACUAACAGUAACACCAGAUUGCAAAAGCCCAGAUGGCGAAGGUGUUUUACUCUACCUGCCAAUGAGUGCCACAAGCGACUGGCGUCUGGGUGGCAGUUCUCUGGCUCACUGCUUUCAGCAGCUUGGUGACCAGGUUCCUGACGUUGACACAGAAACUUUUAUCAGGACUUUUGCAGCAGUGCAAGAUUUAAUUAGAGAAAAGAAAUUAAAAUCAGGUCAUGAUGUCAGCGAUGGCGGUCUCAUCGUCUGUCUCCUGGAAAUGGCAUUUGCAGGAAAUUGUGGUCUUGUGGUUGACAUUCCAGUUACUGAAAGCAAAGUUUCUCCUCUGAAUGUUCUGUUUGCUGAAGAAGUUGGAGCUGUGGUGGAGAUCAGCAAAGCAGACCUCACAUAUGUCACUUCCAAGCUGGAUCGUGAGAAAGUACCCUAUUCUGUUGUUGGGAACUCACAUGGCUAUAAUCCGGAUAAAACAGCUCAGAUCUCUAUUGCUGUUAAUGGCAGUGUCUUGCUGGACUGUCCUAUGUCUGAACUUCGAGACAUAUGGGAGGAAACCAGUUUUGUUUUGGAACGAAGACAGACAAAUCGACACUGUAUAGUGGAGGAGCAGAUGGGCAUGAAGGAAAGAAAGAUUCCUCCAUAUACACUCAGUUUUGAUACUGAUGCACAAAUCUCGGUGCCGUUGCCUUUAGCUGAACCUCUGAAAGUUGCCAUAAUCAGAGAAGAGGGUAGCAAUGGGGACAGAGAGAUGGCUGCUGCAUUCUCAUUGGCUGGAUUCCAGACCUGGGAUGUCAAUAUGGAAGAUCUUGCUACAGAAAGAAUAUCUCUGUCAGCAUUUAGAGGCGUUGCUUUUGUUGGUGGAUUCAGUUAUGCUGAUGUUUUAGGGUCAGCAAAAGGUUGGGCUGCGACUGUGAAGUUUAACAAAGUGGUCCAGAAGGAAUUUGCAGCUUUCCGAUCUCGACCUGAUACAUUCAGUUUUGGGGUGUGCAAUGGAUGCCAACUUAUGGCCCUGUUGGGAUGGGUAGCACCUGAUCAUACAGAAGAUGGUGAUUCUCAGGGCUUACUGCUGGAUCAUAAUAUCUCUGGGAGAUUUGAAUCCAGGUUCACAACAAUCCAGGUGGAAGCCUCUCCUGCCAUUAUGCUGCAAGGCAUGGAGGGCACUACCUGGGGAAUGUGGGUUUCUCAUGGAGAAGGUCGCCUGGUUUUCAAGAAACCUGAGAUUCAAAGUGAGAUUGAGUCCAGCAAGCUUGUUCCGAUACGCUAUGUGGAUGAUAAUGGUUCAGCGACUGAGGUCUACCCAUUCAACCCUAACGGAUCCCCUGCUGGCAUCGCUGGUGUUUGUUCACCAGACGGCAGACAUCUUGCCGUCAUGCCUCACCCAGAACGCUGUAUUUGGGCUUGGCAGUGUCCGUGGAUGCCCACCGAGUUCAGAAGUCAGCUUAAAUGUUCGCCAUGGAUGACAAUGUUUAAGAAUGCCUAUAAGUGGUGCACAAAUAACGCAAAUUAA